UUUUGGAUUUUCAGAGGGGGCAGGGUGACUCUCAGUAUGUCAACCCCUUCUCUGUCUCUCUCUUUUCUUUUUACUGUCUAGCAGUUAACCAGCUAGAAACUGAUCAGAAACUUUGACUCUUGGACACAAACUGAUUCCUUCAAGAAGAACUUUGAAAUUAACAAGAACAAUAAACAAACCAAAGAGCUGUUUUCUGGCUUUCCUUCCAUUUUCUCCUGUGGGGAAGGUUUUAGUGUAUUUUUAGACCUGCUGUGAUCCAGCUUAACUACAAUCGCUGUAUGCUUUCUGCUGCCGGGUUUGAGCGUUUUCCCUCAAUCGCCUUUUUCUCACAAUCAACUGGGGCCAAAGAGGAUUUAACGAAGGAGUUACAUGCGUGUUUCUAUGGUAACGGUGCAUUUCCAGAGUCUUUGAAGGACUGAAGGUUAUCACUAAACAUCCAGCAAACUCAAAGCCCAAGCUCUCUUCACCAAUGAACAGUCAAGCCAACGGCAGGGAGGCGGUCCCUCCAGCUCGGACCAAUCAGAAGACAUUUUUGGAUGAUGUCAUUUUGACCUUUAGUUCACCGAUGGCCUGGCUGCUGGUUGUGGCUCUGGUCAUCACAUGGUCGGGAGUCGCCAUUGUUCUUUUUGAUUUGCUCGACUAUAAAACUCUGACAGAAUACACAUCAUACUGUGACGACCCCGUGUGUUUAUCUUCUGGUCUCCCUCCUCCGUCUGCCAUCGCUAAGAGAGGUUUGAAGGUUAAAGGUGUUUUUCGUCCAAUAAAAUCAAGCCCUGCUGGAGUCCCAGUUGAUGUCACGGCUCAGGAGAGCACCGAUUGGUUGGAGAUGAUAUGGACUUUUGCAGCCAGUUUGGUAGCUCCUGAUGAGGAGGAGGAAGGUAUUCACCAGCUAACUGAAACCAUCACAUCUUUCCACUCCGAGGAGCUCUGAACAAGAGGAGCGUGAAGGAAGGACAAUAAUUGACGAGUACUGUAUGAAGAGCCGGAGAAAGGAAGAGAGAGCCAAAAGAGAGGAGUGUCUGACUUAAGUGGAAGGGAGGAUGUAAAGAACUGGAGGAGGAAGAGAAUGUAUAGUUUGUCACAGUUAUGUUUCUUUAUGUCUGUCGUUGUUAACUGGAAUGUGAUCAAUAAAAACUGACCAUUUAAAAACGUA